AAUACAUUAUUACUUACCUUUCCCCUGAUCUAUUAUUUAACUAAUCUUUGUUUUGAUAUAGGAUAUGGAAGAGGAAGAAAGAAAAUUCAAUGAAGAAUUCAGCAACUUUUUUGAAAUAUGGGACUGGCAGAACCAUACAAGAGAGAGUCUGAUUUGUCCCCUUGAAGAAUGCCAGGUAAGACAGUCUAAAAAAGAUGUAGCAGAUUAAAAUUAACAGAUAAAACUAAGCAACUAAGCAUUAGUGGAGAGGAAAACCAAAUAUUCCAACAUCAAUUUCCCAUAAAAUGGCAGGACCUUGAUAAUUACCUGAGCUACAACUCUAUGACCCCUGUAAUCUAUUAUGGCCAUAGCAAGAUUAUAUAAUCCAGGGACAUCAGCUUCCUGGUAGGCUUUGGUACCUUUCAAAUCAUUAUUUGCAGAGGCAUAUGUAGCCUGCUCAUUCUCAGCCAAUGGUGUCUCAGAGGAGCCCGGAGAUGAUUCUAUUAAACCAUCACCGUCUACCACAUUCAAUCCACAAAAAUUCUCCCCGUUUGGAACUGCACCAUCUCCAUGCGGUCAGACUCCACAGCAAAGCUGAAGAAAAUGUUAUUGUGAACAUACCUAAAAUCAAAAAUAAAAUAUAAAAAGCUGUUAAUCCAACAAUAGGGACAAAUAAUAACUCAUAAAGGAACAAUAUGACAAGAUAAAUAAUAAUAAUAAUAAUAAUAAUAAAAGUGAUAAAAAUACAAUAGGAUAUGUGUACGAGGUCAUCCCAAACUACAUAAUGAAGCAUGCCAAUAGAUUGAAAAAUCAUUGCUUAGUAAUAGUAUGUCACAGAUCUAAGAACAAAAACCUUUGUCGAGUGAUGAAAGGAUUUGGGUUAACAUGGGAAUUAACAAAUAAGUGUUCACUAUUAAUAACAACUGACAUUGGAAAGGGAUACGUGAAAUAUUUUACUUUGUUUGCAAAGCAUCCUAAACAAAUCCACAAAUAAAAAUAAAAUAAUCGAGUAAAUCAGUACAUAUACCUCAUUUUAUCAUUUGAUGAUGUUGUAAUUAGUCUAUACCAUGGAAUUAUUGUUUUAACUUAUUUUUUAUUUUAAUUUAUUAACUUGCAGGACCUGUUUGUAACUUCAGAUGAGAACCUUGAAGUUAAAAUGAUUCAAACAGGGGGACUAGAGGCUGUCACUGCCGUGAAUUCAAGUAGCUUUGUAGCAAUUGGAACGCCAUUUGAGCGAGUGGAGGAGUUAAAGAGAAAAAGAGAGGAAGAAUUGGAUGAAGCCCGUUGGGGCAAAAGGCCUGCAACUGCAUACAUUACUCCAAGUUGUCCCCCAAUUGGUGGGUUUAUGGCUGAGGCUCGCCAGAAUUACCAUCAGUCAGCAGCUGCACCGGCUAAUCAAGGACCUACGUUCUUAACCAAUGAAGGUACACAAAUAGAAACAAGGGAAGCUGCUCAUGACAAGGAGGCCUCAACCUCAUCACGGGCACCCCUGCAGGUGGAGCUGAGGAAGUUCAUAUAAUAGAUUAUGGCUUCAAGUGAUAACUGAGCAAUGUAUAGUUAUUAGUCAAUUUUAAUACAUGCUAAAAACAAUCUACUGAAUUUAGAAGAGUAAUAGAAAUGCUCAUGACAGAAACUGCUCCCAAAAUAAAUAAAAUAAAAAGGGAGCUCUAGUGACUAGGUGAUGGGCCCUUGAGCUUACAGCUGAGUUUUCACCUUCCCUCCUACUCUGCUGGCCUAGGGCUGCAGCAAACUUUUUCUCUAGAAACUGCUCUAUGUUUUGUUAUGGCUGCAGUUUUCUUGUAUGUUAUUUGAGUACUUUCUAUAGGUUCUACCGUUUAGGAUCUGUUUAUUUGUGUUGUAAUAAUGGAUGAGUUUAUUUCUCUAUAAUGUAAGAGUUUAUUUGUGGGGAAAAAAAUUAUUUCGUAUAAAUGAUUGAAUCUUUA